GCGAGACACACACACACACACACACACACACACACACACACACACACACACACAGAGAGAGAGAGAGAGAGAGAGAGAGAGAGAGAGAGAGAGAGAGAGAGAGAGAGAGAGAGAGAUUACCACCCUUUAAACCGUGGCAGAAGGGUAUAGGGCUCUUCCCACUGUGCAGAAUCGCGUGAGGGAUCGCGACCACGGUCCGGUGUGCAGACCUGGAUUUAAUAGUGGUCAGAUUGGUUUGUCCCCCGUUUCGCUUCUUGUACCACAUAUACACGGUGUGACGAUAUAUUCUUGAUCUUGAUAUUUUUCCUUUGUAAAAAUUCUCCGCUUCAGAUUUUGCUCAGCGCGUUCCAUUCGAACUUGCUGAUUCUUUGGAUUCGUUUUCAGGGUAGAAAGCCACGUGGCAGGUGAUUGGAUUACUUUCUCUCUCUCCCCCACGCGCUGUUGUUUAUAGCCGACUACAAGUACUACUCUUGUGUCGUCAGAAGGCCACGUGGCGGCUGAUGAUGUGAUGAUGGAGGAGCACACACAUGCCGCAUGCAGCAGAGUAGUCUUCUCCUGGCUGAUUGAAUUGAUUGCUCUAUUUUCUUGAUUGCUUGAUUGCUUGAUUGCUUGAUUGAAUUUCCCGCGGUCUGGCAAAAUAUUUUUUCCUAUUCCGGAUCUCUCGGUAUCCACUUUCACUCACAUGUUUGCUUGCUUGAUUGAAAUUCCCGAGCAAGGCAGUUGUAGAAGCCAUCAUUGGCCAACACUUCCCCCCCCCCCCCCCCUUCCCCUUGCAGCCACAGCGUCCUUGUUCAACGGCUUUAUUUUGUCCUUUUCCCCCUAUCUUUUUCUUUAUCCUUGUCUUUCUUAUUCUUGUUUUUCAUUUUUUUAAAUCUUUUUUUAAUCUUUUUUCCUUUUUCUUAUCGCAAUCUUAUUUUUCUUGGCUGCCUUUCUCCAUGCAUUCUUAAAAAAGGCUCUGCGUCGCUUCCGCGUUUCUUGAUAUCUGCUCGCGCGUCCGAAAAGGUUGAUCUUCCCGGAAGUGUCAUCUGUCUUUUCCCUUGUACAAACGUGUCAUCUGACUGUUUGUCAUAAUUUUUCUUUCUUUUCCCCCCCGUCUUCCGUCGAAUGGUACGACGUGUCAAUCUAGAGGUUAUCCCGGUGCUGUCGUUCUGCUUCAAUCCAACGAGUCGUCUUUGAUUGUGACUUUCGAGGGAUCCCGACGACGAACUGGUUGGCGAUCGCGCCACGUGACUAAGCCAGUCAGAAUUCCCCUUCCCUCCGUCCUUCCCCCCCCCCCCGGGUUUCCCUAGCCAGGGGGGCCGCCUUUCCCUUGGACGUUGCUGUUCGCGGGUUGGCCUGAGUUUGUUGUGUUGCCUUACACAACUCCAGUCGGUCUCUCAGCGCUUUCGGAAUUUAGUAGUUACCUAAAGGAUUGCGGAAGUGUUUUCCAGCUAGCGUGAUUGAUUGAUUGAUUGAUUGAUUGAUUGAUAUAUAGAUAUCGUUUUGAUCGGCGAAAAGGGAAGACAGUUCGUCAUCUAAACGCUUGCGCAUUCCAAUUUUGGAAUGAUCCGUGUCAUCAUCACCCAGGGACUGAUCUCCACAUCCGUUUGGUUUAUUGGAUAUCCGCGCAAAGAGAAUAUCCGUUCAAAUGCCCAGAUCACUCUCGAUGCUUGGGUGACGGAAGACGAAUUCCUGAAAAGGCUGGGAAUAGAUAUAGAGUCGCUGAGUCAGCAGCAUCAACAGCAACAGCAGGGGAAUUUGCUAGGUGGAGGGGGGGGAGGAGUAGGAGGAGUAGGCGGCGGCGAAGGGGGAGGAGGGGGCGGAGUGGUAGUAGGGGGGUCUUGCCAGGGGUAUGAUGGUGGUAGUGGCGCGUAUGGAAGACCGCAGAGGCUGGGGGUGACGGAGGGGGAGGAGGAGGCAUUGAUGAGUGGGCGGGUUGAGAGAGGAGGAGGAGGAGGAGGUGGACGAGCAGGAGCAGUGACGUCGACGGCGGUAGAUUGGUAUGACUAUCAUCAGCAGCUGUCUUCUGUGGGAGCACUGGCGGCGGUGGCAGCGGUGGCGCAGCAGCAACAACAUCAUCAUCACAGGGGGGGAGGGGCGGCGACGGCGGAAAUGGUGGCGGCGGCGGUGAUGGAUCGCCAGCAGCAGCAGCAGCAGGAGGAGAGAGCGGUGUCCUCCGAAGCCGCGGCGGCGGCUGCUUAUGCGCGCGUAGCGGCGGCGCGCAACGCCGCCGCCGCGCUGUCUUCCGCGAUGCUGGUUCCAACGGCGGCGCCGUCGCCGCCGCAGCCGACUGGCGCAGCCACGUCUUCCGCGGCAAUGGCGGCGGUAGCGGCGGCGGCGGCGGCGACGGGAUACACUCUUCCGGCUGCGGCGGGAAGAAGUUUGAUGGAGGAGGCGGCAGCGCGCGCCUCGAGCGCGGCGGGCGCGGGCUUAGGUCCAGGCAGUGUCAGUGCCGCCGCCGCCGCCGUCGCCGCCAUGUCCAACGGCGGCGGAGGGGGAGUCGGCGUCCAGGUCCCCAUGCAUCAUCACCAUCCUCAUCAUCAUCAGUCCGCGAUUGCCGCGGCGGCGGCGGCGGCGGCGGCGGGAACCGGAAUGGGCGUUCUUGGGGUAGUCAAUCCGUCCGCGGCAAUGGCUCCGCCGGGCCGCCACCAUCUUGCGCCUGCCCCCGUCGCCGCGGUCGCGGCUAUGGAGGCUUUGACAAGGGGAAGAAAGCGCGCCGGCGACGAUGCUUUAGAGAGAACUGUGGAGAGGCGACAGAGAAGAAUGAUAAAAAAUCGAGAGUCGGCGGCCAGGUCGCGCGCAAGAAAGCAGGCUUACACGGUUGAGCUGGAGGCGGAAGUAACUCAGCUCAAGGAGGAGAACCAAAAAUUGAAGAGAAUCCAGGCUGAGGAAGCUCGGGAGAGGGCUCAACAGAUGCUGAGCGUGAUGCAAAAGUCGCAGCCAACGCAGCAGAAGUUACGGAGAACAAAGACGGGGCCAUGGUGAUCCACGUGCCAGUGGAUAUCGAAGCGCAAAGAUAGCGAUAAAGAAGGGAAGGGUUGUUAAAUGGAUUUUCAAGUGAAGAGAGGAGAGAAGAGAAGAGAAGAGAGUUUUUGGUGUUGUGUGCGAUAUCUACACUUGUUGUUUUAGAAGACACUGGAGAGUGGAGAGCAUAGCUGAAAUCCACCCGCGUCUGGUAUGUAUUAACCAAAGUGACCCUAGCGUAGCCAAAAAGGUUGAAGUAUGUGCAGCCAGCAUGUGCUUCUUACAAAAUGUCAUCAUCAGCCUCUAUUCAAGCCGACAAGCUCACCUACCUCUACCCCAUGGCAGUGAGCGUCUGUGUGAUCAAAGGACUGCUUCUUCCUUGAUGCACCACCCCCUCCUCUUGCGGCGAUGUUCUUCCAUUCUUCUUCUUCUUCUUCUUCUUCUUCUUCUUCUUCUUCUUCUGUUUCUUCUCAGGAUUCUCCGCUUGCGGGCAUCGUUCGACUUAUAUGCAGUCGUAGUUCCUAUGUAAUGAACUCUGUUAUGUUAUGUGUUUUAUGACAGCCUUUCGCUGUCUUCCUUAGAUCAAUACCUUCUCUCAUCUCUUCCUUUGUACUGCGAUCUCCUUGUGCUUUUGCUGGAUGGUUUCUUCUCUUUCCUCUCUUCUUCACCCUUUACCAAAUUCAAAUGCGCAACCCGUUGCCCUGUGUGUAUGCGGUCAUGGUUGAGUUAUGGGAUGGGCAUAUUUAGAGGCGCGACAGUAGAGUCAGGUUUUGAUCUCUUGUUCUCGAGGAUCGCCCUCAACCUCCGUCCUUCAGCAAAUGCUUGUCAUCACAGACUAGGCAUGUUAGUUAGUCAGCGUACCUGAACAGCAGCUGGUGCGUGUUCUGCCCUUCUCCCCGCACCCCCUUUGAAUGCCGAAUCACCAUCGAACCCCGUCCUUCAGUGAAAGUCUGUCAUUACAGACUAGGCAUGUUAGUUACUCAGCACACCCGAACAGCAGCUGGUGGCUAUUCUGCCCUUCUCCCCCAACUCCGUUAAAUGCCGAGUCUGUUUCCUCAAGGGCCUGUUUGAGUGCGCUGACGACCAGUUGCCGAAUUACGCCUGCCCUUGCCCUUUAAAGCAGCUUUUAGUUAAUGUCCCAACUUUAGGCUUUUGGAAUGCACAAACACCUCUUGGUUCUGGUCUAUCCCUUAGUCUCAUCUCUUGCGUCGUCUUCGUGAUCCUCGAAUGUAACCUAUAUGUGAUUUGACUAUUCUUCUCUUGCCUUUUCUUUGAUCCCAUCUAUAAUUGGCUUGAAAGUUGGUACACAUCGUUCUUCCCACGUAGUUGGAUUUCCUGAGGCGGGAGGAAUCAGCAAGCCCCUGUGUUGUCGGUACGACUCGGGUACGACCGGGUAAGCACUGUUCCUCCCUGCUGCUGCGGUUUUCUUUUUUUCUGGUUAUUUUCUUUUCCGUCGCCGCUGCUGCGCUCUACUGGAAAUGGACUUCAUGUUUUGCUGUGUUGUUGAUUUUCUGUGAGCGACUCAGUGCUGCAUACCACUCCUUUAGCAGCAUCUCCUCGUCCUCCCUUCAAAGCUGCAUUGGCGCGAAUUCCUGGCUGCGAUUUUUAUGGUUCAUGUUUUGCUAUUUUGUUGAUUUUCUGUCAGCGACUCAGCGCUGCAUACCAGUCCUUUAGCAGCAUCUCCUCGUCCUCCCUUCAAGCUGCAUGGGCGCAAAUUUCUGGCUGCGAUUUUUAUGGUUUUUUAUUGCAAUAUCCUCGAGCUCUGUUUUUCUUUUCCGAUCGUGAUUCGCCCUUCCAGCUUUUCCUGUGCUCGCUGUUGUCAUUGUUUGCUGCGCUUGUCCUCCUCUCGUUUCCUUUUGUCGCAUUUGUUCUUGGGGCGGUGGCGUGAAAAGGUGUUUCGGACCUGACCUCGUGUGUCAAUCAUGUGAUGACAGCGGGCGGUGCUUAUGUAAAUCU